AUGACCGGCAUCACAGAACAAACCGCCAUCCUAGCUAAGUAUUUCGACUUGAACCAAAACGGCAAGGUUCUUGCUGAAUACGUCUGGGUUGAUGCUGACGGACACACCAGAUCAAAGUGCAAAACCCUCAGUAAAAGACCUUCUUCUGCUGAGGACUUGCCUGAAUGGAACUUUGACGGUUCUUCUACCGGCCAGGCCCCAGGCCACGAUUCGGAUAUCUACCUCCGUCCUGUCGCUUUCUACCCUGACCCUUUCAGAAAGGGUGACAACAUUAUUGUCUUGUGUGAGUGCUGGAACAACGACGGUACCCCUAACAAGUUCAACCACAGACACGAGUGCGCCAAGUUGAUGUCUGCCCACGCCGACGAGCAGGUCUGGUUUGGCCUCGAACAGGAAUACACCUUGUUUGACCAAUACGACAAUGUCUACGCCUGGCCUAAGGGCGGUUUCCCAGCUCCACAGGGUCCUUACUACUGUGGUGUUGGUACCGGUAAGGUCUACGCCAGAGACGUUGUCGAGGCUCACUACAGAGCUUGCUUGCACGCCGGCAUCAACAUCUCCGGUAUUAACGCCGAGGUGAUGCCUUCCCAAUGGGAGUUCCAGGUGGGUCCAUGCUCCGGUAUCGAGAUGGGCGACCAGUUGUGGAUGGCCCGUUUCCUUCUUGAAAGAGUCGCCGAGGAGUUUGGUGUGAAGAUUUCCUUCCACCCUAAGCCUUUGGCUGGCGACUGGAAUGGUGCUGGCUGCCAUACCAACGUGUCGACCAAGAACAUGAGAGAAGUCGGUGGCAUGAAGUACAUCGAGGACGCCCUUGCCAAGUUGGCCAAGAGACACAAGGAGCACUUGGUUCUUUAUGGUGCUGACAACGACAUGAGAUUGACUGGUCGUCAUGAGACCGCUUCUAUGGAGGCUUUCUCCUCUGGUGUUGCUAACAGAGGUGCUUCCGUCAGAAUCCCAAGAUCUGUCGCCAAGGAGGGCUACGGUUACUUCGAGGACAGAAGACCAGCUUCCAACAUUGACCCAUACUUGGUCACUGGUAUCAUGGUUGAGACCAUUUGCGGUGCUAUCCCUGACGCUGACAUGUACAAGGAGUACGCUAGAGAGUCGGAGUAG